CACCAUUACAAGAUAUCGAACUGGGCCAAUCGAUAUACUGUGGCUCGUAAGAUGGCCGUACCACUAGUUUCGUGACGUAAUGUUUUUCUUGUGUCGGAUAGUAAGCUUGAUGGAAAGGUAGUAAGCCUUUUGGCUUGAAUUCAGAAUGUUGGGGUUGUGAAUAACGUAUCAAGGAUAGGUCACGGAUUUGGAAGCGUUUGAGUGUUGUGCUUUCAAAUUAAGUGAUUAAGGGUAAUACUAUUCAGUAAUGAAACUUGCAGAAUUCGAAGGUGAACCAGUUUGGAGAGAAGAGGUGUCAUAAAGGUGCUCGAUGGUGUUUGAAGUUGGUCAGUUCGCACUUCUAACUCAUGUUGACUGAGAGAAAGUUGGAAAACUCUCUUAUUGGCUUUCAAGUAUCACAGUUCUUUUGUCAAUUACUUAUUUGCAACUUGUAGUCACUGGUACUGUAUUUAUACAUGUACUCAGACUACAGGUAGCAUUCAAUGCAAAACGAUGCUGUAUUUAUGACAAUUGUAUAAUUCUUAAACCAUAUAGCAAUUUUAUACUUAGAUACAUAGAAAUUUUUGAGUUUUCCCUCCCUUUGUAUAUAUUGUCAAAUAUUGUGUGUGAAAGGAGACUCAAAUUUCAUAUUGUCUCACCUUUCAUAUUCAUUUAUAUAAUCCUUUUUGAGAUUAAUUAUGAGUUGUGACCCACCUGUUACAAAAUGGGCAUGUGAAUAUUGCACCUACGAAAAUUGGCCUUCUUCUCUCAAAUGUACAAUGUGCCGAGGUUCCAAACCUCUACUUGGAGAAGACAUCUACAGGCUUUGUGAUGAAUCACCAUCUCCCACAUUGAUUAGUCCAGUAAGUGAGCCUAGUUUGGCAUCCGGUCCAACUGACCAGGACACAGUGAUACAUAGCAAUGGCAAGUGGGAAUGUUGUGCUUGCACGUAUUUGAACUGGCCAAAGUCAUUGUAUUGUGCUCAGUGUCGAAGUCCUCGUCCAGUUACAACUACUAAUCUUCAUGAGCACUUGCAGCCUUUACGAAUUGAUCCAUCGAACGAGUUGGCAAGUGCUGCCUUUGGAGGAGGUUCAUUGCGAAUUAUGACGUCGCCAUCCAUUGAGAAGAAAGAUAUUAAGGAAGCUGAAAAUGAUCUGAGAGGUCGGAUGUCUGAUAAGUCUAUAAGUUCUAAAAAUGUUGGGUGUUCAAAGUGGAUGUGCAGUGUUUGCACCUAUGAAAAUUGGCCUAAAUCCAUGAAGUGCAUAAUGUGUGGAACUGUUCAUGGAGGCAGCAACAAUGGGGCAGCUAGUGGCAAAGGUACUGCAAGUACUCGCAGUUCUCUUCCAUCUCCUGAGCGGGAGGUCUCUGUGGUGAGCUCGGCACGAAGUAGCAGAGAAGGCAGCCAAGUGACAUUGAUAGAAGACAAAUGCUCAGUUAAGAGCAAACGAAACCAAGCUGUUAAUGAAAGUGCCACCUCCACCAAUUCUCCCAACAACUGUGAGUACGAGCGGCGUCUGAAACAGAUCCGACAGCGCAUGAGGGAUGUGGACUGGGCCUGGCUGAAUGCCUGUCUUGGUGUAGUGGAGGGAGAUGUGAAUCCUGUGGAGGCGUACUUGUCCUCUGGAGGUGAUCCUGCUCGGCAGCUCACGCCCAGUGAGGUGACUCUCCUCAACCGCCCUUCUGCCUUUGACACAGGGCAUACCCUCGUUCACCUGGCCAUUAGGUUUCAUCGAGAAGACAUGCUAGCUAUGCUGCUAUCUCAGAUAGAAGGGUCAGGAUCUGGUGUGAAACGUGUUCCAUCAUAUGUUGCCCCUGAUUUGGCAGCUGACAUCAGGCGGCACGUUGCAUCAGCUGUGAGACAACGUAAAGGGUCCUUUCCCUGUUAUUUUAUAGCCGAGAUUACCAGUUUUGCUCUUCCUGCAGAUGUGGAAGAUUUGCCUCCCAUGGUUCAGGAGCAACUCUUUGAAGAACUCUUGGACCGUGAUGCCCAACAGCAGUUGGAAUCUGAGCCAGCUGCCUUAAAUUGGUCCCUAGAAGUUACUGUUCGAUUGGGCUCACGGUUGUAUGCAUUGUGGAAUAGAUCUGCUGGUGACUGUCUUCUUGAUUCUGCAAUGCAAGCGACAUGGGGUGUAUUUGAUCGUGAUAACACUCUUCGAAGGGCUCUUGCUGACAGUCUGCACCAAGGUGGCCAUGUAUUUUAUCCUCGAUGGAAGGAGUAUGAAGCUUCGCAGGCGUCAAUGCUGCAAUUCUCCCUGGACGAGGGCCAGUGGGAGGAGGACUGGGCAGGCUUGCUUUCUCUUGCCUCGCAGCCUGGCUCCAGUCUUGAGCAGCUCCACGUCUUCGCCUUGGCCCACAUUUUGCGGAGACCAAUCAUUGUGUAUGGGGUGAAAUACGUCAAGAGCUUCCGAGGAGAGGCACUGGGUUAUGCCCGAUUCGAAGGUGUGUACCUGCCGUUGUUGUGGGAGCCUAGUUUCUGUGUUCGCUCCCCUCUUGCCUUGGGCUACACCCGAGGACAUUUUUCUGCUUUGGUGCCAAUGGAACCAUACAGCCGUCUUGAAAACGGAGCCAUGGCCAACAAUCUUGGUGCUGGAGAACUGCAAGUCACGUUCCUGCCACUCAUGGACCGUGAACAUAAACUUCUACCAGUUCACUUUCUUACUCAGCCAGAAUUAGGUCAUGAAGAGAGCAUUCUGCGACAGUGGAUGGAUGUGUGUGUCACUGAAGGUGGAAUCUUGGUUGCACAGCAACAGUUGCACAAGCGCCCCCUUCUGGUUGCGCAGAUGCUUGAGGAAUGGCUCAACCAUUAUCGACGUCUCGCACAAGUUGCAAAUGCACCCUUCACUCGUCCAGCGCCCGUUCAAGACUACUCCAGUGAUGGUGGGGAUUCAGAUGAUGAAUAAUGAUGCUGGCCCUUGAUCGUUGAGGUAUAUCUAGUAAGUCUCGUAAGGAGAAAAGUUUAGAAAAGAAUUAUUUACAUUGUAAAAAGUUCAAUGCUCUUAGUCUCUAAAAUUGUACAUUACGAAUAUAAUAAAGUUUAUUGAAAUACUGUAAACGAAAAAGCCUCAAGUAUUGUAAAAAUAGUAUUCUUGUUGAAAUUUAACAUUUAUUUGAAACGGGUGCAUGAAUCAUUAUUGUAAUUUUUUAUAUUGUGUGAAGAUUUUGUUGGCAAGACAGUACUAGUUAUAAUAAUUAACUUAUUGAAAUUUCAAUCUUAGAGCUAGAGUGUGACUAUGGCUCAUUAGAUGUAGAAGCAUUGCUUUUUAAUUUAGUUUUUUAUUUAUUUCCUCAUUCCAAAGACACUACUCUAAGGAUUGGAUGUACAGUUGCCCGUGUUCGUUUAAAUAUUAUUUUUGAACUGUUGUAAAUUGAAAUUUUUAUUUAUUUAUUAUCAAAUUUGUAUAUUCUUUUUAUGUUGUUUAUUCCUAUGUUUUGAAGGUUUCAGAAGAAAAAUAUAUUUGUCAUAACGUUCUAUUGGGUCAAGCUGUUUUUCAUUUCAGUAAUCAUUGUGUAGUUAUAUCGCAUGUACAGAUUAAAAUGCACUAUUCUACCAAGAAAAAUAUUGAUAAACUCUGCUAUUAAAGUUUUUUAUGAAAUUGCAAUUUUCUCCUGAAAGGCCUUCAGAUAAGUGGGCAUCGAGUGUAAUCUCCAUGUUGCAAAGUAGCAGUUAAUUGGAAUGUUCCUGCGUGUGACUCAGGAAAACUAUUCACUAGAUACCUGCUUUGUGAGCAUCUUCCAGGCUUUCUGUACUUCUGUGUUACUUGUCUGUUUCUAGGCUCUGUUACCUAGAAAGUUGUGUUGUUUAAAACUUUUUUGUUUUUCCUCCCUGUUACUAUUGUCACAAAUUCAUGACUUUUUUUAAAAAAUUCAGUGAUUUAGAUUAUUAAAAAAAUGUUAUUUAUGAAAAUGGUUGAAAAAUAAAUAUAUAUAGUUAAUAAAAUGUUGAAAGAUUUUACUG